UUCUAGUUUCAGCCUUUUUUGUUCAUUUUAGUUUUGUUUCUCACUACUUUAGGUUAAUUAUUUAUUUUCCAGAUACUGGGGAAGUGUUUUCAUUUGCUUUUAAUAGUGUUUACAUUGCUCCAGAGGCGUAACAUCACAGUAAUGAUAAUAACAAAAAUUGAAGCAAAGGAGGCUUGUGAUUGGCUCAGAGCCGCUGGAUUCCCCCAGUAUGCACAGCUAUUCAAAGAUUGCCGGUUCCCCAUCGACAUAGACUGGGUGAAGAGUGAUCACGAGUUUCUGGAUAAGGACGCCAUUGAUUCUCUCUGCAGGAGAUUAAACACUUUAAACAAAUGUGUGGAGAUGAAGCUGGAGAUGAACCGAUCGCACAGGAAGAGCGAAGACUCGGAGGACGAGGAGCCUUGCGCCAUCAGUGCGAAGUGGUCCUUCGAGAAGCAGAGCAAACGCUGGUCCCGCCUGGAGGGCCUGGGCUUCCUGCCGGCGCCCGACAGCCCCCGUCUGAGCGAGACGACCGGCCGGGAGGCGUCCCUCGGCAGCGGUGACGGCGGCGGCGAGGGGCACGAGGUGAGCUCCCUGCACAGCUCCAGCAGCGCGGAGAGCGACAGCACCGGGGCGCCCCGGACGGCGGAGGAGCCCGAGACCAGCAGGAGCUCCUCCAGGUGCUCCUCCUCCUGCAAGCCCGCGUCGCUGGACAGCUCCUUCAGCAGCCCCCCGUCGCCCGGAGAGGUCCCCUGCUCCGUCAUCGAGGAGCGCCCGACGGCGGCGGCGGCCGAGAAGCCCCCGAAGAAGAAGGGGCAGAGCCUGCUGAGGAAGAUGGAGAAGCUGCGUCUCCGCAGCGCCCCCCGCAGGCCGGCGUCCCGCGUGGACAGGGCGCUCAUCAGUGGCCCGCUGCUGCAGGAGGGCUUCGACGAGGAGAAGCUGCGCCACCUCAACUGCGUGGACCUGGCGGAGCUACGGGACAAGCCGGGCAGCCCCCCGUCGUCCUCCUCGCCCCCCUCGGGAAGCAGCAGCAGCAGCAGCAGCAGCGGCAGCGGCAGCCCCUCCAACGGCAGCAGCGCCGUCAGCACGCCCAGCCCCGUCACCCGGGUCCGGAGCCACUGCCGCCGGGCCGGCCCGCAGAACCAGGGCCAGCCCCAACACCGGGCGCACAUCAGCGAGCAGGAUUACCAGAACGAGAAGAACCACGAACAGAGCCUGGUCUUUCACGUCCCGCAAGGACAUAAGCCGGGGACAUUCCCCAUGGCUCUGACACACAACGUCCUCUCCCCCAUAGACAACACAUCGGUGAACUGGAGGACGGGCAGUUUCCAUGGGUACAGAGGCCGGAGGUGCCAGAACAGCACCUCCCAGGACCACAGCCCGGCCUGCAAAGACUACAAGCCGGCCCGCAGCCCGCUGGCGACGUUUGACAAGCGCAUCAGCAUCUAUGACAACGUGCCUGGCAUGCCAGCGCGUGCCGACAGCAUCGGGGAGACCCUGGAGUUCGGCGACGACGACGUUUUCUCUGCACUGGACAACGUCAUGGAGCGCAUCAGCGGGCUCCAGCAGCUGGUAACCACCUGGACGGAGAAGCUGUCGGACGACGGCGACUCGGACUCUGCCAACAACUCGGCCUCUCCCUGCCCGUCCUCUCCGAACGACAUCCACCUGGAAAUCAAGAAGCACGAGGAGACGGACCCUACUAUUGCAGAGGAAGAUGCUGAGAGCUACCACCCUGUGCCAGAUGAUUUAGAAUGCGCAUACAUCUCUUUGUCUGGAGAGCAGUCAUCACUACAGCACGGAAGGGAGCAUGAGCUUCGCUGGUCCAGCGAGCAGAACCUGCACCCGGAGCACCACAGCACCAGGAUCGAGGGCCUGUCCGCCUCCCACAUCAACCUGCUCCAAAAGCUGUCCCUGCUCAAGCUCACCGCGCUGAUGGACAAGUACUCGCCUUCCAGCAAGCAGGGCUGGAACUGGACUGUGCCAAAGCUUAUGAGGAAGACAAAGGCCCUGGACUCCAAGGAUAGGAGAGUUUUUGGGGUCCCACUGCUGCUGUGCAUGCAGAAGACUGGGGACCCCCUGCCCCGAAGUAUCCUGAAGGCCAUACACUACCUGAGAACAGAGUGUCUGGACCAGGUUGGCUUGUUCCGCAAGUCCGGAGUCAAGUCUCGGAUACAGGCCCUGCGCGAGAUGGUCGAAGCGGACCCGAACGGCGUGAGCUACGAGGGACAGUCGGCGUUCGACGUGGCCGACAUGGUGAAGCAGUACUUCAGGGACCUGCCAGAGCCCAUCUUCUCCAGCAAGCUCUGCGAGUCCUUCCUCCACAUCUACCAAUAUUUCCCCAAGGAUCAGCAGUUCGCCGCGGCCCAGGCGGCCAUCUUCCUCCUGCCGGACGAGAACAGGGAGGCCCUUCAGACCCUGCUCUUCUUCCUCCGGGACGUGGUGGCAUGUGUGGAAGAGAACCAGAUGACCCCCACUAACAUCGCCGUCUGCCUGGCCCCUUCCCUCUUCCACCUGAACACUCUGAAGAGAGACAGCACCAUGACCAGGUCAGGCCACAGGAAAUACAGCCUGGGCAGGCCGGAUCAGAGAGACUUGAGCGAGAACCUGGCCGCCACACAAGGACUGGCGCAUAUGGUGGCAGAGUCUUCUCGCCUCUUCCAGGUACCAAAACACUGGUUAAUCCAGAACCAGGGCGGCUUGAGUGAUGAGAUUCUUCAUUUCGGAGGGGGACAGAUCAUACCCUCGGAAUCCGGGGAGAAUGAGCUUGACAGGCGUGCUGCGUUAGAGCUCUCCAUACAGAACUUACUGAGAGAAGCCAGAGAGAAGUUCCGGGGCUGGGUGUCUUGUUCCACCUCAGAUCACAUUGAGCUGGCAUUUAAAAAGGAGGAGGACGGUCACCCCCUGCGCUCGUGGAAGGCGACGGUGGAGGUGGAGGCUUCACAGGAGGAGGUCGUGCACCGCGUCCUUCGGGAGCACAGGCUGUGGGAGAGGGACCUGCAGCACUACAGGGUGGUGGAGACCCUGGACAAGGACGCCGAGGUCUACCACUACGUCCUGCAGGGCCUGGGGCCGCGCCCCCCACAGGAACACCUGGUGCUGAGGACCUGGCAGCGCGACCCGUCCUCUGGCGCCAUUGCCGUGGCGGCCGUGUCCACGGAGCACCCGGAUGCCCCGCCCGAAGGCGUGAGGGCCCACGUGCUCACCUGCCUGUACCUGAUGGAGGCCGCGGGGCUGAGGAAGACGAAGCUCACGCACAUGACCCGGAUGGACACUGGGGGGCGAUCACCAGAGUGGUACAACAAGGUGUACGGACACCUUCUUUCAUUCAAGAUGGGGAAAAUUAGAGACUCCUUCAAACCAGACAUGAAAGAAACGAAAAUAUGAAUGGGCAGGGAGAAGACUUCAUCCACUGAGAAAAGCUCAGCCACUUUAAGACACUUACCUCCUUUCAGAAAGAAAUAAUUAAAAUGCAGCCCUCAAGGAAUUCAUUUACAUGAAGGACAAUUGGGACCCCAGCUGUCCAAAAGCUGCGAGGCGAAAUAAAUUACACCUCUAGACAAACAGUGACGAUUGUUUGAUGAGCUGUUUUAGAGGAACCAGUAUGUUCGCAUUAUCAAUACUGACAACGGAGACUGUCAGAGUAAUGAAAUGUCUUAUCUUAUUUGACUGACUGUUCGAAGGGCAAUGCAUUGCAGGAGUUUGUAAGUGUUCCUGUCUCACUCUUUAUUUUAGAGUUAAAACAAGGCUUCUGUGACAGUCCACAGGCAUGAUGUUUGAACCUACCUCUCUGAGGGCUUCCCUGAUGGAGAAUAUGACGUUUGCAGAGGAAAAUACUCUGUUGUAUUAAUUUGAAGAAUGCUACAGGCACUCUUUGAAGAAUGGGAGUGUGGUGUGAAGAUUGUUUUGUACUUUACCUACCCUGACUGAUAUUCAACAAGACAGGUUGCUGUCCCUGUAACUCUUUACACUUAUGGCCAUUCUCCAGUGCUUCCAAGCACCGUGUCUAAUCAGUUUAGUUCUCUAUCUACACAUAUAUCUGACUUGCCAUGCUACGAAGUGUUCUUGGAAUAAUGAAUUUAAGUGCAAGCCUUCUGAGAUGUUAACUUCAAAAGAUAUUGCCAUAGGACACAA